AUUGUUUUAUUUGUGGAAAAAUGUAUGGAGGCGUAAGCAUACCGUUUAGUUACAUCCUCGCAGUGGAAGUUGCAAACAUUACUCAAGGUUGUACAGGAAUCGCGAUUAAUUCGUACAAGGCGAUGACAGCGCAAAACUGCAUUGUGAACUACGCCACAGAUAGCUUCUACAGUCCCGAGACAAUCAAAUUGUGCUCGAACGACACCACAUGCCGACCCGUGACGAAGACGUACCUUCACCCGAACUCUAGAAAAACACCUUUAAUCAUGUGUAUCCUUCAAACGGAGAGUAAACUACCCUCUUUCAUUGGCUUUCUCGGGGGUUUUCUUGAGACAAGAUGCGAUAUUCACACGUAUGGCAAGUCUGAAAGCGGGAAGAGAGAAAGAAAAUCAUUAAUAUUGGAUCCGGUCUCGUUGUGUUACACGGAAGACAAAUCAUACGAGUGCGUUAAAUUAGCCAAAAAUUCGAAUUUGUGCAGUACCGACAUCGGCGGCGGGAUCAUAUGCGACGGCAGUCUGGUCGGUAUUCUCGUAAAGACAACGCCAGAAAAAGAAUGCGACGCAGCUAUAAACGAACAAAUGAAAGGACUGUUUUCAAAACUAACAGCAUCAAGAAGUUGGAUUGAAAUAACAGCUCAAGUAUACGUAAACAGAGUUUUGAUAUGCCAGUACUGUCAAUUCAAUAUUUUCGACGGAAGACUGUUUUGGUAGUGGAUACAAAACGCUAAUGUGUAUACAUUUUUUUUUUUGUGCAUUCAUUUAUAU